AUGUUUUCUGUGUUGUUUUUAAUUACCACGUCUUAUGCAACAGAUAAAAAUUGCCUAUGGCACGAUUCUUAUGGAUACAUUUAUGACAUCUAAAAACUUCACAACAUCAAUAACUAUUAAGUACCUGAUACUGAUACAAGUAACUUUUAAUAUACAAAUUUAUAAAGGCAUGGGGAUGUUUAAUAUGAUUUAUGAAUUUAAUUUUUGCAUAGGAGCUGUGAGAUGUUAAGGUCGAGAUGUUGCUGCAUUUGAAGCACUUGAAGUAAUGGGCAAGGUAACUGAAAAUUGCGAUGUAUAUAAUUAUUCAAUAUAAAGGUCUUGGGAUUAAAAGAAACUCAAGAAUUUGGCUAUAUUAAUCCAAUUUAUCCUGAAUUAGGAAUUUCCAUAACUUAUAAAUAAGGUUUUUUUAAAUUAAUUCUAAGGCGAUAUGUGUUUUGAUGUUAAAGAUGAUGGUGGAUUACAAAAAAUAAUUGCAGAUAAUGAAUAAAUGUAAAUGAGUCCAAGAUCUGUUACUUUUGAAAUAACUUGUGGAAAAGAUGAGCCUAACUUUAGGGUUAUUGAUUCUAGCAAAUGCAAUAUUAGGUUGGGUAUUUAACAUUCAGCUGGUUGUCGAUAAGGAUCUUCUCCUAGUAUUUAUUAAAUUAAUUCUAGGCGGGGGCAGUUAAACUAUGCUUUUAUAUAUUAUUUUAGCUGCAGGCCUUUAUUUUGGGGGAGGCAUAGCUUACAACAAAAAAUAAUACUAGCUUAGUGGAGUAGAUGCGCUACCUCACUCUCAUUUUUGGAAAGAUUUUCCUCAUUUAGUUAAGGAUGGAAUUAAUUUUACUGUUAUCAAAGCUUUUGGAAUAAUUAAGAAAUUUAGAGGGUUAUAAAGCGAAGGAGGAUAUGCUGUUAUUUGAU